AUGCCGCGGACUACAAACCAUUCCAGGCUCCUCGCCUGUGCUCGGUGCUUUCGAUUGAAGCGCAAAUGUGAUCAUGCAAAACCAACCUGUGGAGAAUGCAGACGACGAGGUGCAGAAUGUCUCCCAGCAAACUCCUGCAAAAAUGGAGAGAACAUAACCGUUCCUUUGGAAUACCUGAGAUGCUUAGAGGCCAGAGUCUCUGAAUUAGAGCAUGGCUCGCGUACCUCAACAAGAUCUCUGCAAACACGAGACUUUGGUGUCCAAACUGAGCCGACUGAUCUGCUUACCUGCGAUUCAAUGCCUGAUUGCGAUCCUGAUACUGAUAAGGACAACGAUGUUCAUACAUCUCCGACAUAUUGCGAUCUUUCGGAUUUCGACUUGCAGCGAAAGUCUCCGGGCUCGAAUGCACGUUCCGUCAUCACAUUGUUGGGUGAUUCUACAAACUCUAGAGCAAGCGAUGGAUUUGACUCAAUGGAUACGAAUGUGGAUGACUCCACACCAGCAAAGGUUGGUUCUCUGCAUGAUCUUGGUAUAAUGGGCGGUUAUUCAUUCUGGCUCGAAGAAGCCUACACCAACCUGUACUUCUCAAUCACGCACUUCAUGUGGCCAUUACUUGAUUGCAAUGCUUGGGGUUCCUGGCGUUAUGACUGGAGCCUAGAUGAGAAGACCGAACCAUGGAAAGGAUUUUUUGUGAAGAUGGUGUAUGCCAUUGGUUCCUUGUCAUACAAUGUUCUCCAGCCCGGCCAGAACCAUUCAAAGCGCGCGGCAGAGAUGUACUCCUCCGCAUUGUCGUAUUAUCCUUACGUUAUGGUAGAAGCGCCCGCUAUCCUUCAGAUACAAGCGUCAAUUCUCAUGAUUAUCUAUUCUCUUCAUUGCCCUUCUUCAGGAGAAAUCUCCCUAUCAGUUUCUUCCAUCGUCCCCUUCUGUUCAGCUACGUUGGCUGAGAUCCAGAAGCGCAUUUCUUCUGGUCUGGAUAGCACCCUGGGAGACACGAUGGGAAGGGAUGCCAGCCUUAAUGAGUCGAUGUUUAUCACUUGUUAUAUGUUGAAUGAAAUCAUAGUGUCUGGCUGGGAACGACCGGUUUCUGCGGCCUACAGGAUUGUUGAUGACGAUAUUCAUAUAUUUAGCAAGGAGAUAUCGAACGUCUCAAACACAAGCACAGCAUUGCAACACUUGUUUAGAUUGCGAAAGAUCCAAGCCAGUAUCCGAAGGUCCUGGGAUGAGCCAACUGAUAUCCAAAACUCGAAUGACAGAUCGUUCAAGCUGGCAUUGGAUGAUUGGAGGAGAGAUAUACCUCAAUACUCAGUUGAAGAAGCGCAGAGAACCUAUCUCGAUCCUCUAUGGAUGACAAAACUAUAUGACUACAGUGUUAUUAUUCUUAUGCAAGGAAAGCGGAAACACCUCAUGCGCGAAGACCUUGAUGAUAUUCUUUCGGCUGGAGUUGAGGUAUGCCUUAAUUAUAGACGUCUGCAGGAAGAAGGUCAAGUGAUGUGCUUUACAUGGUCUGCGCUUGUGUUUCAGUUCCGGACCGGGAUUCUACUUCUCUAUGUAUGUCGAUCCGCAAGUCUGGGGGUCGAUUUUAUACAACAGGCGUUUGAUGCCGCAUGCGCCUGUGCAGACAGCCUCACCUACUUCGCAGCCCGUUGGCAGGAUGCCGCUCCCUACGCUAAAGUAUUUUACUUCCUUCUUUACUCUGCCUCUUGGCUACCAGAAGACCUUCCUGAGCGGCUGCGGUGUGCAUGUUCUCCUAAUGAAUUGGAGGCCUACUUGAAACAACUAAAGAAACAAUACUUGCACAAAGAGGUUCUGGCAAUGAUCGAAGAUAUGGUAAACCCUCUCAUUUCUGAUAUAUGCUAG